UUAAGUUUCUUUAUGUUAAGUCAGAUAGUUAUCCAAAGGGUCACAAGAUAAAUCUUUAGGGUUGUGAGAUGAUUAAUAGGUUAGGAAAGUUCUGCCUCACAAAUUUGUAUUCAGGUUUGGAAUUUUCUCCAAUCUUAAUAAUUUUACCUCUUUGGGCCUCAACAGUUAUUUAAAUGAAAUCAUCUGAGAAAUUAAGAAAGGAAAUCACUCUUUGUUGAAACUACAAACAACUGACAUCUGAAAUGUGACAAGUAGCCCCAACCAAAGAAAGGGUCAUAAGCCAAAAAGGUUGCUUUAACAAUUUACUGUAUUUUGUAAAUGUUUAAUAUAAAAUUUCAAUCUACAAAAUAACUAGUCACUAGAAUGUGGUGGAAUAAAAAGUACAAUAUUUCCCUCUGAAAUGUAGUGAAGUACUCUCAGUAUCAUAAAAUGUCAAAGUAUAAAAGCAGCAUGGAAUAGAUUUACUCAAAUAAAGUACAAGUACCUCAAAAUCGUACUGAAGUACAGCACUGGAAUAAUGCACACCACUGUGUAUAACUUAGUAAAAGUAAAGUAAAAAAGUAAAAGUCUAGAGGUGUUAGCAGAACAAUAUAAGAGUUUGAUCUGAUCUACCUUUGUAACACAAGUUCAACACACUCACUCAUAAAAGCUGAUGACAAAAGUCUGUCUUUUAGGCUACUGUUGGUAAGUCUAGGUUUGUAUGUGCAUGACCCACUGUCUGAGGUCAUGCUCAAGCAGCUUGUUUCUUGUUUUGAAACUUUUACACCAGCUUACCUGGCUUGACUCUAUCUAAAGGUGUCAAAGAACUUGAGUUUAGGGCAUGUUUGGACUGUAUUGAUACAAUGAGUCUUUGAACUGGGUCAGGUGUACUGUAGGUGCUGGGAGGUGCACAGGCAGGCAAACACCUGGAACACAAGCAGAACAAGAAAUAGAAGCAAAAAGAGGCAACAAUGGCAGUUGAGAAAAUGGAAAUGGAAGACACAGAUUCAACUCUGAUGGAGAGGGGCAGGAAGCCGCCUGUGGCCAGAACUCCCAACAAAUAUGAGAAACUGUUCCAGCCCUGCCUGGCAGAGAUAGUGGGGACCAUGUUCUUCGUUUUCAUCGGCUGUGUGUCUGUCAUCGAGAACGUGCCAGCAGCUGGACGGCUGCAGCCAGCCCUGGUGCACGGACUGGCGGUGGCAGUGAUGGUGGCAGUCAUGGAUAACAUCAGUGGCUCCCAUUUCAACCCUCCCUUCACUAUUGCCAUCUACCUGUGUGGAGGCAUGGAGCUGGCGAUGGUGGGACCCUACCUCGUCAGCCAGCUGAUUGGAGGAGUGCUUGGAGCUGGAAUGUCAAAGAUUAUGACGCCUACAGAGAGAUACAUCAACGCCACAGGGGCCGCGUUUGAUAUCCUCAAGUCAGAAAACCAGCUGUACGGAGCCCUCUUCGGGGAGGUGGCCAUGACCUGCUUGAUCACCAUGGUGGUGCUGCUGGUUGCAGUCAACGGCAAGACGAAAACCCCGCUGGCUCCUUUCCUGGUGGGCUGUACUGUCAUCAUUAACGUCCUGGCAGGGGGUGAUGUAUCAGGGACAUGUCUGAAUCCUGCAAGGGCUUUUGGCCCGGCUGUGAUGACCAACUACUGGGUGUACCACUGGGUGUACUGGGUCGGACCCAUAGGAGGAGGCCUGGUGGCCGCUGCUUUAGUCAGGCUCAUUCUCGGUGACCAUAAACUACGCGUGGUUAUGAAAUCAUAACAGCCUCUAUUGUAGGUUUAUUGCUCAGACGACAAUAAACCUGUGAACACUGUGUGUCCCAACAAAUAUCAGCAAUCAUUUCAUAAUGUCAUGUGGUCAAUUUGAUGCUGUAGUUUUCUUUUUUUUUCCUCUUUCAUGUGGAUUUUUCAGUAUGAAAUAAAGACAAAUGUACAAAACUUCGUGUGUUUCCCUCGUUGAUA